CGGUCCACUUCCUUCUCUUUCUCGGUCCCCCUGAAGCUUGCAUUUUUCAGCGAGGGGGGAGGGGGAAAUAAGAGCCCUUUAGCCCUUUCCUCUCAAGCAUUUUUCCACAACUUCAAACUCAGCCCCAGUCUCCUUGUAUCUCUUCUUUGUGGGAGGAGGCCCUUGUUGAUGAGGGGAAAAGCCUGAAUCCCCCCAAGUGUAUCCUGUCGCUGCUACUAGAUUGCCCUUUUUAACUAGAGCCACACAACCGCAUAUCACGUGCAACCCGGCGCUCUCUCCUUCUCGCGCGUUCUUUGUCUUGGCUCCGCCUUGGCCGGACUGUAGUUUUUCCUCCCCUCCCCAUCGGGUCUAAGGGCUCCGCCCCCUCCCUCCAUUCAAACGUUUCUGCUUUGUGGCGCUCUCGCCCCCAAACCGCUUUCAAUUCUGGAGUCGAGGCGGAACGACGAAGUUCUUUCGUUCGCUUCUCUGUGAUCUGCGUCUGCUGGGACAAACCAGAAAUUGCGCUUGCAAAAUGAGCCACUUUCCUUGGAAGAGCUCCUUGGAGUUCCCACAGUCAGAGUGCAGGCAUUCCAGGGCUGAUUCCUCAAGCAACUUAGCCAUGGAUACGUUUUGGCUAGAGGUGGAGAGCAUCAAAGAGAGUACUGAAUGCGAGCCAGAUGAAUACAACCUUACAGAUGCCAAACCCCCAGAAGAAGGUGAAGCCGAAGCUGAAUGGCUGCAAGAUGCAGGACUCUCAGACUUGAUUGGGGAUCACGCUGCAGAGAAUGGCAACAUUGUACUGCUUUCCACCCUGACCAAGACUCAGGCUGCAGCUGUGCAGCGACGACUUGAUACCUAUACCCGCUCCAGGAGAAAGAAGAACAAGCAGCCUGUCCGUGAUGUCAGAGACAUUUUUGGAGUGGCUGGCUCUGGAGAGACUGAACCAGAGACUAAGUCAGAAAUGGACCGAUCACACCGCAGGUCUGAAUCGUCAAACAACAUUCAGAAAACAGAUACAACAGAAAUCCAAGACUUCCCAUCACCACUGAGGGGUUCUGCAAGAGAGGAGCUGUUCAACACUGAAAUUGCUUAUUCAGAGCAGGCAGCUAUCCUGCUCAAAGGAUCAUUCCCAAGGGAAUUGAGGAGGAUAAAGGAUGAGAGUUUUUUACCUAAAUUUAAAAUCCCCAAAGGCAGAUUAGGAGUGACCAGGAUAGGAGACUUAUCUCUGCAGGAUAUGAAGAAGGUUCCCACGUUAGCACUCAUCGAGUUAACUGCUCUCUGUGAUGUCCUUGGCUUAGAGUUGAAAAGAAACAAAGCAGUAAAACGGAAGACUGCAGAGCACAAGCUUUUUGGAGUUUCACUUGGCACUUUGUUAGAAAAUGAUGAAAAGCUCUUCCCAAAUACCAGGGUUCCAUUGAUUCUGCAAGCACUGCUGUCAUGUUUAGAAAAGAAAGGGCUGGAUACUGAAGGAAUCUUGAGAGUUUCAGGCUCACAGACCCGCAUUAAGAGUCUAGAACAAAAGCUGGAAAGUGAAUUCUACACUGGCUUCUUCCAUUGGGACGAGGUGCAUCAAAAUGAUGUCUCUGGCUUGCUCAAGAGGUUCAUCCGGGAACUCCCCACCCCUCUUUUAACAGCAGAAUAUUUACCUGCCUUUGCAGCUGUGCAAAAUAUCCCAGAUCUGAAACAGAGGCUGCAGGCUCUCAAUCUGCUUAUACUGAUUUUGCCAGAACCCAACCGAAACACCCUGAAGGCUUUGCUGGAGUUUCUGAGGCUGGUGGUUACCAGAGAGAGAAAAAACAAGAUGAAUCUUUGGAAUGUUUCCACAGUUAUUGCUCCAAAUCUCUUCAUGCACAAGAGGCUGCCGAACAAGAUCCCAGAAGGAAAGGAGAAACAGCUGGCAGAGGGUGCAGCAGAUGUAGUGCGGAUGAUGAUCCAUUACCAGGAUUUGCUUUGGAAUGUUGCAUCUUUCUUGGUAACUCAAGUGAGAAAACUGAACGAGAGUAGCAGCAGGAGGUACCAAUUCUAUGACAGGAGGAUAAAAAACCUGUUAAGAAAGAUCAACAUGGACAAGGAAAAGACAGAGAAAAACCAUGGCGAACCAUCCAAAAUAGUGAAAGUCCAGGCUUCCCUGUUCCUAGAAGACUCUCUGGAAGUUCACUUAACCAGUGGAACCAAAGCUGCUGAUGUUCUGAGGCAGUUCCAGAAGAACCUCUGUCAAAACGGCUGGAAUAUUGUCAACACGGUGAACCUUAUCAAAUGUAAUGGUUCGGUGGAUUCAAUGAACCUGUUCCUCUAUGAAGUUGGUGGCAACAUAACUGAGCAUUGCCUGGACCCAGACACAUACCUCUUAGACCUGUACCAUGUGAAUCCCCAUGCAGAAUGGAUUAUAAGGCAAAACCCAUCUUUUCCAAGGACACUCUAGGAAGACUGACAAUCUGGAGAUUGUGUUAAAUAAACAGUCAGAUGAUGAUGAUGAUAUUCGUGUGUAUGGAAUCUCAAGCAUAAUCUAUGCCUGGAUUUUUAUUUUUGUUGUAAUGAGAGGCUAUGAAAAAAAGUAGCAAUUCUUUUUAAAUGUUCGUAUGAGCUUGUAGCCAAUGGAAGAUUACAUUAGGUUAACAGAGUGUAUAUAUGAUACAAAUGCCUGCAGUAAAGGACUUCCUAAAAGAGCUGUCAGGAAAGGAAUGAUUUUAAAAACGAGCCUUGUUCUUGAAGGAACUAAUGGAAUUCAUCUGAUUUUUGAAGUUUCAUUUAUUGGACAAACUUAAGGUCCUCACAUGAGAACCAGUGUUCUGUAGUUGGUUAACAUCUUUUGGUAUAACGUGAAGCUGCACACGUCCUGAAGGAUUAAGGCUUCUUGGAUAGAUGUGGGUUUUAUCUGCUUUUGUUCAGUUUGUUUCUGGAGGGCUUGACUGAUAACCACAUUGCCAGAAUGUAGGGGAGAAAUAAACACUGCUCUGGAAAUUCUGCCUUCAGAAAGCUGCUGUCCCAAGCAUAGUGUUGGUAAAAUAUUGACUAUGCACAACUGAAGAUGUGUAACAUCUUUUGUGAUCCGCUCUGACAUUACAGUUUGAUGCAUAAACUUGUGUAUUUGUGUGCAUGCACACAGUUUUGCUGUGACUUUUUAAAAAGUAAGCUAAUGUGUUUCACACAGAUUUUGCUACUUGGCUACACUAAACCACCUCAGUAUUACUGUUUAAUUAAACUUUUCUAAUUUUCAAAUCGGA